AUGCCUAAGAACACGGGCACUCCGAUCAGAGGUGCGAAGAGGGCGCAAUUCAACAUAUUCUCGAGGCCUGUCAACGGUAUACCUGCUACACAAACCUUCCGGACUGCCUUAGUCCCGAUCUUAUGGGUGGAUGAAUCUAUCAUCCUGCCCGAUGAAUUCGUGGAGGAGCUGACAGGCAGAUUGCUAAACAGUCUUCGAUUAGUGGACAUCUUUAUACCGGUCAUCAUCGCAGCUUGUGGUCUCGUGCUGGUGGUAGGUGCCGGGUUUACCAUUAGAGCAUUUUAUGUAAGAAAAUCAGUUAAGAAAACCGAUACGGUACCCGUAGAUAAAACUGAACCAGCUCUUGAAACUCAACCUGAACCCGAAACUCAACCUGAACCUCGAACCUAAAAUGGAGUUGCCAAGUAGAUAUUAAAUAGAUAUUAUGUAAGAUAUUAAAUUAUGAUGAUAUUAUAUACCUACGCA